AUGUUACUUCCAAGAAAUAGAAAGCUCUUAGCAGUCUAUACCUCCUUCGCCAGCAUCUGGGUCCUUCUAUUCCAAGUCUGCAGACUGUACACCUACUCAGACCCAUCCUCGUUCUUCUACGAUCGCCAUCGAGCCUACGAGACGAAGUAUACGGACAUCAGAGAGAAGCAAGCCGACGACUUCCUCGCCCUAGCCAACCAUGAACCUAUAGAAGAACUAUCGAAUAUCUCCCUAAUAAACAACGACGCCGUUACGAGGUCAUCAGAAGAGAAGAGGUUUUGCAUUGGCAUACCUAGUGUCAGGCGGGAGAAUGAGCAGUUUCUACCCAAGGCGCUGGCAUCUCUUGUCCAAGGACUGAGCAUCGAGGAAAGGCAAACUAUCUACAUCACGGUUCUACUAGCCGACGACGACCCUACAAACAAUCCCGCUUUCGGACAAACCUGGCUCGACCGUCUUGCCGAUGAGGUACUCUUCUACGGCAACGGAUCACUGCCUGGCUCCUCAGAAAACUACAAUGCUGUGAUGGGAAAGCAUUCAAACAGUGACCAGGAGCUGACCCGAAACGACCGAGUCCAUCGUGACUACGCAACGUUGAUGGCCUCCUGCCAGACCCGAGAGACAGAAUACUUCGUCUUAAUAGAGGACGAUGUCAUCGUUGCCCAACACUGGCUCGAACGUUUGUCAAAUAGCCUGGACAUACUCGAACGUACCGAAAACCCACAUAAUUGGCUCUACCUUCGACUAUUUUAUUCAGAAACAUACUUGGGUUGGAACUCCGAGGAGUGGCCUACUUACCUCACCCACGCUGUCUACCUUUUUAGUGUCGCCCUGGUUUUAUACCUGUUAUUCACCGCUCUCGAUUCCGCACGAAGAUCACAUACCCUCCACCUUAAAUCCAUAGCCUGGAACAUACCGCACUUGACCUUUUGGACAGCGUCUUUCAUCGCGCUAUACUUCCUUGCUGGAAGACUCACCGUGGAUCCCUACCCAGCAGGUGUCCACGAGAUGGCCAACUAUGGAUGCUGUGCGCAAGGACUUGUCAUCCCACACCAGCAUCUAAACACUUUAGGGUCCGCUCUAGGGGCAGCCCCAGAAGGUGUUGCUGGUGAUAGCUUUAUUGAGGGAUACGCUGAUGAGCAUGGAUUGAAGAAAUAUGCCAUCACACCGAGCGUUUUGCAGCAUAUUGGGAUAAGAGGGUCGUCGGAUAGUGGGAGCACUAAGAAGUUGACUUGGAACUUUAGCUUUGAGAGGAUUGAAGACAAGACAUUAAGAUGA